AUGAGCUUCUUCACCAGCUCCGCCAUCGUCUCGUCGGCGUUCCUGCUCGGCAUCCUGUUCACGAGCCUCCUGUGGGACGCGACGGUCCUGUACGGCCUCACGGCGCCCAUCACGGAGCAACAGAUCGAGAACGUCGAGAGCUACUACCUGACCUGGUGGAACGGCGGGAUGGCGGUCAAGAUGUUCAUGCACGUCGUCAUGCUCGUCCUCUUCCUGUCGCUCGUCGCCAAGUGGGCCCGUCACACCGAGACGGCGUUCUACUUUACCGGCGCCUCCAUCCUCAUGCUCAUCUGCUCCGCCGCACUCUACAUCGUCGUGACCCUCCCGUCGCUCCGCCAGAUCGCCAAGGACCCGUUCAACAAGGCCGCCCACAUCCUCCCCGGCGACGACUUCUUCACGCGCAUGCAGAUGUGGCUCGCCGAUCGCAGCACGGGCCUCCUCGGCGACCGCGCGCGCGAGAACGCCAAGGCGCUCGCCGCCCUGCCGCCCAUGGAGUGGCGCGCUCGCGUCGAGCACGUCCAGGUCAUGUGCGCCGCCAACACGAUCGCCAUGGUGCUCAUCGUCGGCAUCGUCAUCCUCCAGGUGUCCGAGUGGUACCUCGAGCAGGAGAUCCUGCGCGACGAGACCGAGGCGUUGCGCAAGCAGGUCUAUGGCUCGACGCCGGCUGCGGCUGCGGCGACGCCCGCUGCGCCCGCCAAGGUGACCGUCGAGAAGAAGAAGCAGUAG